CGUGCUGAUUGGCUGAUACAGUUUCCAAAUGUGGCCAAUGGUGAAGGCGCUACAUCCAAACGGUUGCAGUUCUAGGAAGUUUGUAGACAACGUUGCCGUGUAGAAGAGCAUCCCAAGAAGAUCUUUAAACUGUCGUAAUGGACUCCUCUCCAGUUCUUCGUGCGCAAAGUCACAACAAAAUCCGCACUGACUGUUUGAGGAUAAAAAGUGAAAAUAACAAAAUGCCAGUGGACCCCAAGAAUUUGAAGCCUGUGCCAGCACUGCACCUUCCUAACAAAGAAUCUGAGAACCAAGAUCCAGCAUACUUAAAAAGGAGCAGACUUCCUGUGCUUGUCAAGUCCCUCCGACCUUCAGCAUCUGACUUCACUCAGUGGGAGGAAAAAGCUUUGACUGGUAAAGCUAAAAAGAAAAAGCCAUACACUCGGCCCAUGCCUUUCGACGGGCCGCAGAAAAAGAAAGCAGUCGUUGAAGCUUUACAGCCAAGGAGUUUUCUACAGUCAAGAAGAGGUCCACGUGAAAACAAUGUCCUUGUGAAAACCCAAAAUAUAACUGCCAAGCCCUCUAAAUGUCCAGCUGGGUUAAAAAGCACCGUAGACUCAAACAAGGGGAAGCUGGAAUCUCAUGGAAUGGCAAGGCUUGCAGCAGGACAGUGUGGGCAUUCUGACACUUAUAGGACAAAAAAUUUUGCACAUCAAAGCAGUGUCUCAGACAGUGUGGAAGUCUGUUUAGACCAUAUGACUCAUCUCAGUCUCAAAGAGCCAACCAAAUUAUGCUAUUUAAGCCAGAACGUGCGGGAUAACCUUUCAAACGACCCAUCUGACAAAGCAGAGGAAUUCCAGCCUGGUCACACUGCUUUGCCAAGCAUCCUGUGUAAUGAGGGUGUGCACAUGCAGCCCCAGCAAGUUUCUAUUGCAAAGAGGCAUCAAAGAGCUCCACCCACCACAGUGAAGUCGGUGGAAUUCUCCGCUGACCCCGGUGCCCUGAGAAGCAUCCUACAGAACACAGGGGUGAAGGCUGGAGGGCCCUUGCGUGCCACACCUCAGAACUCAUCCAGCAGACACAGCUCUAUCUACACAGCUCAAAGAGUUCCAGUUAGAAAACAUCUUACAGAGACCCCAAAUGGAGCAAUAAGAGUGAAGUCGGUGGAAUUCUCCGCUGACCCCGGUGCCCUGAGAAGCAUCCUACAGAACACAGGGGUGAAGGCUGGAGGGCCCUUGCGUGCCACACCUCAGAACUCAUCCAGCAGACACAGCUCUAUCUACACAGCUCAAAGAGUUCCAGUUAGAAAACAUCUUACAGAGACCCCAAAAGGAGCAAUAAGAGAGAAUAUCGGGACACCACAGAGACUUCCCAACACCAGGCAUCAGCCUGUAUCUGCCAUGAAAUUUAACACACCUAUGACUCCCUGGCUGAGAGACUGUAACACCAAAACCCCCCACCGGGAGGUACAAAGAGUUCCAGUUAGAAAUAAUCUGACAGAGACAGCCAAGGGUGCAACGACAGGGAGACCACAAAGAAUUCACAGUACCAGACGUCAGCCUAUGUCUGCCAUGAAAUUCAACACACCCAUCACUCCCAGGUUGAUGGAGUCUAACAGCAAAACCCCCCACCGGGAGGAGAUUGUCCAAAGAUUAUUUGAUGACCAAGAGGAUGGGCAAAGUGCCACCAAAGAUGGCACGCAGAAAGCACUUUUCCCAGUUGAUGCCUCACCUAUUCAAACCCAUUGUGAAGAAAAAACAGCGACCAAUAACAUCUGUAACAAUGAAGAGGAGGCUAAGCCAUUUAUGCCAGCACUGCCAAGAGAGUCGGUUAUCUUUUAUUCAACUGGCGAAAAAAUGGUCCGAACUGCACAUUUUGAAAAGCAGGAGCGUUCGGUCCAUCAGGAGCGACAUGGUCCGGCUACAUCAGAACUGGGAGAAGUGUGUGACCCCAUUCGUAAGGUCAACACAGUCGGUCACAUUGUGCACAAAGACCAGAAGACCUGUGUGACAAACACAGCUGUCGCGUUGCUGCGUAAGGGUCUUCCUCUCGCCGAGCUGCGUUUGGACGAGGAGGUUUCUAUGUAUACCUCUCUUUCCGUCUCAGACGAUCAUGCAUUCUCCCAUCCUCGACCCCGCUGCGGAAAUCCGGUGGCGUUCCUUUUGUACUUUGAAGAAUCCACUAGAUUUGUUCCACUGAAUUUUGAAGCUUCUCCAUGAUGCCCGCCACUUUUAUACAAGUCAAUGGUUCCAGCAUAAAGUGUUGUUUUUUUAACUACAGUUUAACCCCAGGAUCACAAACCUCACCCCUUGGUUGUCCUAAUGUGACUAAUUUAUGUGUCUUUAAUUUUGGCCCACUAACUCCGGUUCACACAAUGUUGCUGGUGCUGUAUGCACAUGCACCCAUCUAUACUUUGAACUACUUUCAAUGUGUGCAGGACCUGAAUGAAGACACUACAGUAUUACAGUAUUUACAGUUUUUGUUCCUAUGUGUUGCAUGUACUCUUGCAAAUGACUGGUGAUUUUUCAACCUGUCAUUUUUGUGUACAGUACAUCUGCACCUGAGGACCUUUUUAGACUCAAGAGCAAUAGCAAUAUAAUGAAUUUUAUGUUUAAUAAAUGUGUGUCUUGUCUCACUAUG